AUGGCACCGUCGGAAGCAAUUAUCAAGGCUUCUAAGCCUGCCGCCAACGAGGCUUAUCAGCUGGCCAAUAAGUUUAUACUUAGCCAUGUCCAGGACAAGCUGAUAGCCGACCCAACUUCGAACCACUCCGAGUUUCUCCACGAAAGAGCACAAGCAUAUAACCAGCUCGUCUCCAGACUUGCCCAGGUGCAAGUCGCUAUACCCAGCACCGAACGGCAGACUCAACCUGUAGAACCGGAUCCUGAAUCCCGAUGGCUCUUCCUACAGCAGCCAGUCGAGGUGGUACAUCGCCUCGACGUCAGUGUCAUGAAGAUCGCACUCGGGACUGCCCAGGAACACGACGUCGGGCAGUCCGCCACACUUUCAGAAGACGCCCUUGCGGCGUUGAAUACGGCGAUGCGACAGGGAGAAAUUCUUUGGAAACUGCACAGCACCCACGUCAUCGCCCUCAGCUCGUCGGAGGCUGUCAAGAUAAGCAUCUCUCUUGAAAUGGACGAGAUCAGUAAUCUGCAGUACCUAAACAGCCUCUCCCUUGAUAUACCGAUACCUCAGCACCUGGGAACACUGAAAUCCGGCGAGCGAACUUAUUUCUUCAUGUCACGGGCACCAGGCCAAACACUGGAAAAACUUUGGCCGACACUAACUACCCUACACAAGACGUCUAUUCAAGAACAGCUGGCGAAGAUACUCUCUUCGCUACGGUCGAUUCCGCCCCCGAACCCCGGCGAAGAAAAUGGCGUACAACGCAUUGGUAGCUUCGUUUCGGGUACAUGCAGGGAUGUGCGAAGAAUCUCUCGCCAUUGCGAAACUCCUAUUCAUGCGGAAACAGCGUUUAACGAGUUCCUUUGCCGUCACCAAGGCAGGACACGAACAGCCUGGAUAAGAAUGAUACAGUCCUCUAUGCGCGCAGACCAUAAAAUCGUACCGACUCAUGGUGAUCUUCAUCCCCGCAAUAUCAUGGUGGCUUGGGACGGAGAUGCGGGAACGACGAUCAAGGUAACGGGUCUGAUCGAUUGGCAAGUGUCUGGGUGGUAUCCAGAGUACUGGGAAUAUGUGAAGGCGCUGAGUACCAUAACCCCCCGCGAUCCUGUUGCGGAUUGGUGCGACUACCUUCCUACCAACACCAUUGGCUGCUGGCCAGUAGAGUUUUCUCUAGACUUGCUCAUAAGCCGUUGGCUUGGAUAA